UUCUUCCGAGUCCCUCCCAAUUCCCACUCUCAGAGUCUCUUAACCUACGCAUCCCUGGCUCACAUUAUCCUCCACCACCGCGUACACCUGCACUUCCCUACACUCCCGGCGCACGUUAGCAAACCCGUCCUCUUCGCCGCUAUUCCUUCUUCGUCGUCAAUGGCUUCCGUUUCUUCUCCGACGAACAAGUUAUCGUCGUCCGUACAACCACCGGGACGAAUGAGGGUUUUGAAGGAACGAUCUGGACCGUCGGGGGAUGGUCCCGUUGUGUACUGGAUGUUGAGGGAUCAACGGAUCAGAGACAACUGGGCUUUGAUCCACGCCGUUGAUGAGGCCAACAGGGCCGGUGUACCCGUGGCCGUGGCGUUCAAUCUCUUCGACCAGUUUCUUGGCGCGAAAGCUCGGCAACUAGGGUUUAUGUUGCGGGGUUUGAAGCAGUUGCAGCUCGAUCUCCAAGAGAGUCUUCAAAUCCCUUUCUUUUUGUUUCAGGGAGAAGCAGAAGAGACUAUACCGGAUUUUUUGAGAGAAUGCGGGGCUUCGCUUUUAGUUACAGACUUCUCACCUUUACGCAAAGUUCAAAGAUGUAAAGAGGAAAUUUGCAAGAGAGUGAGUGAUUUGGUGACCAUACAUGAGGUUGAUGCCCACAAUGUAGUACCUACAUGGGUGGCAUCGGAGAAGUUGGAGUAUAGCGCUAGAACCAUAAGGGGAAAGAUAAACAAAAUGCUUCCUGAGUGCCUCAUUGAUUUUCCUACAUUGCAACCUCCAAGUAGAAAAUGGGCUGCCACAAGUCGGUUGAUUGAUUGGGAUGACCUCAUUGCCGAUGUUUUGAGGAAAGGAGCAGAAGUUCCUGAAAUUGAGUGGUGUGAACCAGGGGAGAAGGCAGCAAUGGAAGUGUUGAUGGGGAGUAAAAAUGGGUUCUUGACGAAAAGGUUGAAAGGUUAUUCAGCAGAUAGGAAUAACCCAUUAAAACCUAGAGGGCUUUCUGGUCUCUCUCCAUACUUGCACUUUGGGCAAAUAUCUUCGCAACGGUGUGCUUUGGAGGCUCGUAGGGUCAGGAAACUUUUUCCUCAGGCAGUUGAUACAUUCUUGGAGGAGUUGAUUGUGCGCAGAGAACUUGCCGAUAACUUCUGCUUCUAUCAGCAUCAUUAUGAUUCACUGCAAGGAGCAUGGGAAUGGGCACGUAAGACCUUGAUGGACCAUGCUUCUGAUGAGCGAGAACAUAUUUACACCAGGGAGCAAUUGGAAAAGGCAAAAACAGCUGAUCCUCUCUGGAAUGCUUCUCAGUUGGAGAUGGUUUACUAUGGCAAGAUGCAUGGUUUUAUGCGGAUGUAUUGGGCCAAAAAGAUUCUUGAGUGGACAAGAGGACCGGAAGAAGCACUUGAAAUAUCAAUAUAUCUGAAUGACAAGUAUGAAAUAGAUGGGAGGGACCCAAGUGGAUACGUUGGUUGCAUGUGGUCAAUAUGUGGCAUUCAUGACCAGGGCUGGCGGGAGCGACCAAUUUUUGGGAAAAUACGUUACAUGAAUUAUGCGGGCUGCAAAAGGAAAUUUGAUGUUGAUGGAUACAUUUCUUAUGUUAAAAGGCUAGUGGGUGAGGUUAAGAAAAGAAAAUCAGAAAGCCUGCUCAGUCAGAAGGCAAAGGAACUUCGCAGUUCAUAACUUGGGUCCUAAAUUGAAUAUGAAGAGUAAUUUUUGAAGAGUAUGUUAAAGGUGUCUGUUGGUAGCCAGAAGAAAAGAGUAAUGAUCUAGAAGCACCAUUUAGAUUGUAGGCAGAAUUGCAGAUCUAUUCAUUGAACCUCUAUUUUUAGGGGGAGGCAUUAGAUCUCUUUUAGUGAAAAAUAAAAAAUAAAAAAAUUGUUCCACAAUUCCAUGUACUUCCCCCUCCCCCUCCAAUUUAUCCUUUUUGACAUAAUUAGAAACGUUAUGUAUGAAUUUGGAAAUAGUGAAAUGCAACUCGUUUGUUUGCUGCAA